AUGAACGAGAAACGAUUUUUAUGCAAUCAAUGAUUCUGACCACUUUGGAGGAUCAUUCACGGGUGGUCUGGGGGAUCAUGUCGUUUUUUGAAUGAACUAAGGAGCCUAAGCAGUUCUAAUCUUUGUCUUUGUUUAAGCACAUCGUAGAGUCUGUUGAUGUCGUCAUCAUUCAUGUUUCAUUCUCCGAGAUCUAAAUGUUUUGCCCACUAGUCGUGCCAUUUAGUUACCCUUAUAACUAAAUAGGAGACCCGUAAAUCAAAGAUUAAGUCAUCAGCGUAUACAAGGCCCCUAGAUAGUAUGAUAGACAAUAGCCGUUUUGAAGUUUAUGCCACUAAGUCUUGGUAGUUCCUUUUGUUCCGAUUUCAAACCUGAUUUCGACUGGAAAUCAUCUUGAGAAUAAAUUUGUGUUCUUGUAACACACUAUUGGACACGCAACUCGGUUUCAUCAAGCCUGUCAUUCACAGGACUUAAUGCCGACAACGGUUGUGAAGCUCAAUGCAAACAAUAGCGGCAAUAGAUAACGAGUAAGGCUAACAAGGAACGCGUCAAUACAAACUAGUUCACCUUGAACCAUAGCAAUGACUUUGUCAUAGUCUAAUUGUGCUAAAGUUUCAAGGUUACCGAUAGCCUUGCACAAGUGCAUGUAUGAUUAGUGUUUGAUCUACAUCACUUCAAGUUUGUCUUUUGAUCGUGUAAGAUCGCUAAUACCACGUGCAAUUAUGUUACCCGUUCUGUGGUUGCUCUUAACAGUUUCAUCCUUUCUUACGUUUGUAAUGUGUGUUAUUCAUAUUCGAAAAAAAUAUUCCUUCUGGCGGGAGCUGGGUGUACCGUACAUUCCGGCUAGCUUUCCCCUUGGAAACAUUCAACACACAUCCCAUCUUAUGGUGGAACUCUACCAAGAACUGAAAGGAAAGCAUCCUUUCGGGGGACUCUUCCAGUUUACCGAACCAGUCGCACUGAUUACCGAUCCGGAAAUGGUGAAAAAUGUGUUGGUGCGCGACUGUCGGUUCUUUUACGAUCGUGGUGGAUAUACCGAUGGGAAACACGAUCCCCUCACAGGUCACAUGCUGAACAGUGAAAGUGAACGGUGGUGUGCCUUACGGCACGCAGCAAGUCCAAUAUUUUCCACCGGCAGGAUAAGAGCAUUCUUGCCUGUUAUGUUAGAAAAACUCAAUCACUUUCGAGAGUAUUUAAAUGGGAAAGUAAACACGGAAGGUACCAAAGUGGAGCUGAAGGAAAUGAUCGGAAAACUGAACACGGAUAUUGCGAUGAGCUUUGUGCUGGGAAUUGAAGGCAACAAUCUUAUCGCACCGGACGGAGGCCUGCAUGAGGCACUUCUGCGUGAAGCGUUCCUAUUGCCAAACGUUGUGAAAUUGUUCCUGAUGACGUGCUACCGGUCGAUAGCGAAGAAGAUGCGGUUGAAAAUGUUUUCAAAUUAUAUUACUGAACUAUUUCAACAAGUGGUACGAGAAACGAUAGAGCAUCGGAAGGAUAUUUCAUGUUUAAAUCGAAGAACUGAUCUGAUUGAUCAACUUCUGGCGAUGCCGGGAUUUGAUGGUAAAAGCACACUAACGCUAUCGCAAAUGGCUGCCCAAGUGUUUCUCUUUCUGGGUGCGUACGAUGCGACGGGUAUUGCUACUUUCUUCUGUUUAUACGAGUUGGCACAACGGCCCGCAGUACAAGAGCGAGCUAGAGCGUGUGUCCUUGAGGCACUGGAAAAACAUGGCGGAAUAACGUACGAUGCGCUUGCUGAUAUGUCAUACAUCGAUCAGUGCUUGAAUGAAACUCUCCGAAUGCAUCCGCUGGCGAUUAAUUUAGUUCGUGUCGUCACGAAAAACUAUCCCGUACCCGAUGCGUCCGGUGUCGUGCUACCGAAAGGAUUAAACAUCGUCGUACCGGUGUACGCUAUCCAUUACGAUACGCAGUACUAUCCCGAGCCGGAACGUUUCGAUCCGGAUCGAUUUUUACCAGAGGCAUGUAGGCAGCGUACUCCGUACACCUUUUUACCAUUCGGCGUAGGCCCUAAAAGUUGUAUCGGCUAUCGGCAGGGGAAGAUUCAGUUGCGUGCUAUGAUGGCUGUACUGUUGAGUAGCUACGAGUUUACGAAAUGUCCCAACAUCACGCAGGGAUCACGAUCGAAAGCUCACACCGUUCUGAAACUGGAUGGCGAUCUAUGGUUAAAUGUAAAACCGAUCAACAGAACGAAUGAUGGUUAA